AAACACAUCUCUGAUUCAACUCCGGCGAAUUCAGAAGAUCGAAGAAGAUGAGUAGAGGAAGCGGCGCUGGUUAUGAUCGUCACAUCACCAUCUUCUCACCAGAAGGUCGUCUCUUUCAAGUUGAAUAUGCCUUCAAGGCCGUGAAAACAGCUGGUAUUACUUCAAUCGGAGUUCGUGGGAAAGAUUCCGUUUGCGUCGUUACCCAGAAGAAAGUUCCGGACAAGCUUUUGGAUCAGUCUAGUGUUACACAUCUGUUCCCGAUUACCAAGUACAUUGGAUUGGUAGCUACUGGCAUUACAGCUGAUGCAAGGUCUUUGGUCCAACAAGCAAGGAAUCAAGCAGCUGAAUUUCGGUUCACUUAUGGAUACGAGAUGCCUGUCGACAUUCUUGCUAAAUGGAUAGCGGACAAGUCACAGGUCUACACUCAACAUGCUUACAUGAGACCCCUUGGAGUUGUUGCUAUGGUAAUGGGCGUUGAUGAAGAGAAUGGUCCCUUGCUUUACAAAUGUGACCCAGCUGGACAUUUUUACGGUCACAAGGCAACUAGUGCUGGUAUGAAGGAACAAGAAGCAGUCAAUUUCUUGGAGAAGAAAAUGAAAGAAAACCCAGCUUUCACAUUUGAUGAAACCGUGCAGACUGCUAUAUCCGCUUUGCAAUCUGUUCUUCAAGAAGACUUCAAGGCUACUGAGAUUGAGGUAGGAGUGGUGAGAGCAGAGAACCCGGAAUUCCGUGCAUUGACAACGGAGGAGAUUGAGGAGCAUUUGACAGCCAUUAGUGAACGAGACUGAUCGUUUUAGUGAAACAAGUGUGAGUGACGUUUAUUUGCUUCGCUUCUAUCAGACAUUCCGCUAAGUGACCACUCUCCAUCAAUCUUUUGUUUGGUCUUCCUUAAUUUGAUUUACUUAGCAAACCCUCGAAACUUGAAAAACAAAAAAAGCACUGUUAA